UAUUGUCCUGCUGUUCCUCCGGAUGAUGUUUUGGAAGCACACUUUUAGGGAAACAGCUGCUCUUUGGUAACACAGAAAGAUAUUUAUAUCAUACGUUAAUAUUUAAUAAAAAUGGAGGAUCAAGAAAUGCAGUUGAAAGUAAAAAGAGUGACUGAUAAAUUCACAGAGAGUAUGUGUGUUUUGGCCAAUGAACCGUCGAUAGCGCUUUAUAGGUUACAGGAGCACGUCAGGAGAUCCCUACCAGAGCUCGUGCAACACAAGACGGACAUGCAGAGUUGGGAGGAACAAAGUCAAGGAGCAAUCUACUCCGUUGAAUAUGCAUGCAGUGCAGUUAAAAGCAUGACAAACAGUAGUCUCUAUUUCAAGAAUAUAGAUGGUCUGCUCCGGCAAGCCAUUUCACUGAAGGAACAGAUCAGCAGCUCACAGGGUCGAAGUGCUGUGAAACCUGCAAUUAAUCCAAAUGAUACACCCACACACACCUCAGUCACACCUCCUUGACUCAUGGAAGUCUUUCUCCAAGGAAGAGAGCUUUGGAUCAUGGCAUGCAUAAGGAUGGAGAAGAAAAGCACAACUCUGGGAUAUAAACUGAUGAAGAUCUGGAUGAAACAAUAUAGCAUAUUCGCUUGUGGCCACCAUUUCAUAUUAAUGAUUACUGCUACUCAAAAAUAUGGAAGCCCAUUGUCAAAUCACAAAAUUACAAAAUAAAAAAGGUAAUUCUGAGUUUAAAAUAAGAAAUAUAUACGUAUAGUCAGUACAUUAUGCAAUAUAGGUCCGGUUUCACAGACAGGGUUUAGGUUAACCAGGAUAAGGCCAUAGUUCAAUUAGGACAUUUAAGUAUUUUUUAGAAAUAUGUCUUGGAUAAAAACAUUGGUGGUGUGCAUCUUGAGACAAAACGAUGAAUCUGACCAAUUUUAAGAUCAGUCAGUGCAAGUCUCUUUCAGUUAAAACAGCCCAGAUGUGCAUUUUAGUCUGGGACUAGGCUUAAGCCGGAGGAUAAAGUCCCAGUUUGCACGGUUUAAAGUCAAAUUGUGAGAUGAAAGUCACAGUUGGAAAAAACUAAAGUUGCAACUGCAAAGAAAAAUAUUGCAUUUGCAAGAUUUAAUGUAACACUGAAGUAAAGUCAACAUUAUAAAAUUCUAAUACACAAUUAUGGAAUUUAAUAUCACAGUUAGAAAAAAAAAAAGUAUAGGGAAAUUUGCACACUGCAACAUUUAAAGUCAAAUUAUGAGAAAUAAAGUCACAGACAGUAGGAUAUAUAAAGUAGCAAGUAGCCAUUGCGAGAUCUAAUAUUGCAUUAAUAAAUAAAUUAACAUUGUGAGAGAUAAAUUAAACGUUACAAUUGCAAGAUAUAAAGUCAGUUUUUCUUUAUUCUGAGGCAGAAAUGGGCUUUCUUACUAAAAAUUAAGUAAAUCUUUCGGUAUUGACAUAUGAUAUUUGUAAGCUGCUUUUGGAGUUUUGGUUACAAUUUCUACACAUUUUGCACACUAAAUCUUCAUUUUUUGUAAUAAGGUCAAUGUAACUGUUCUGUAAAUGUGUAUAUACUGUUUUUAAUGAUUAAAGUUUUUAAGUAUAAUUCA